AUGGCAUAUGAUCAGUAUGUUGCCAUUUGCCAUCCACUGCACUAUGAGACAGUGAUGAAUCAGAAAGCCUGCACUGAAAUGAUGAUUCUGGUUUGGUUCGCAGGACUUCUCUAUGGAAUGUUGCAUACAAUUGGCAUAUUUUCAAUCCUUUUUUGUUCUAAUGUGGUCAACCAAUUUUUCUGUGAAAUUCCACAGUUGCUAAAACUAUCCUGCUCUGCCUUCAAUGUAGUUGAACUUGGAGUUCUUGUGGUCAGUAUCAUUGCAGCAAUUGGUUGUUUUAUAGUUGUAUCUUAUGCCAUGAUCUUCAAGGCAGUGCUAAGAAUCCCUUCUGAACAAAGAAGGCAAAAAGCCUUGUCCACUUGUAUUUCACACCUUAUAGUAGUAUCUGUAUUUUUAUUAACUGGAUUCUUUGCCUACCUGAGACCUUCCUCUAAGACCAGUUCUUACCUAGAUUUUGGGGUGACUGUUCUGUAUUCGUUUCUUCCACCCUUGUUCAAUCCAAUCAUCUAUAGCAUCAAAUAUAGGAAUAUGAUGUAUGUGGAAAUGUGCUUCUGUGAUUCUGGAUUGAUUACUUCAUUACAAUUGCUGAAUUUAUUCACCCAGGUACACUCCUGGGAGAUAAAAUCUUUGUAA